AUGGCUACUUUGCUCGCUCGACCGCAAGCCCAGCUAUCGCCAGCCGAAGCUCUCCAUCUGGCGCAACAAGCUCCCACCAUCCUGAAGGGCAACCCCAAGGCUUUCUCAGCCUCGCCUCUUGUGUCUCUCUUCUCAGCGGCUGAGACUGUCGAGCUAUGGACCAUAUAUGAGAACCUUAUUGUCACAUGUCUUCAAACUGGCGACGACGAUUCAGCGCAUCUGUGCUUGGAAAGAUUGAUCCUGCGAUUCGGAGGCGAGAACGAGCGUGUGAUGGCACUUAAGGGCCUUAUUAAAGAGGCAGAGGCAACAAACAACAACGAACUGUCUGCAGUCCUAAAGGAAUACGAGGAUAUCCUGCAACAGGAUGGAACAAACAUUUAUAUCGCCAAGCGACGAGUAGCUCUUUUGCGAUCUAUGGGAAAGACGCCUGAGGCGAUUUCGUCAUUAGUAUCGUUGCUCGAGUUCAACCCUACAGAUGCUGAGAGUUGGGCAGAGCUUUCGGAUCUCUACCUCUCACAAGGCCUGUACUCCCAAGCUAUCUAUGCCCUAGAAGAGGUCAUUGUACUAGCACCAAAUGCGUGGAACUUGCACGCAAAGUUGGGUGAGGUGACAUUGAUGGCAGCCAACGAGACAAGUGAUGGAUCCCCUCAAAAGUAUCUUGCAAACUCAGUGAAGCGGUUUUGCCGAAGUAUUGAGCUUUGCGAGGACUACCUGCGAGGAUACUACGGUCUGAAGAAGGUCACCGACAAAAUCUUGGCUGAAGCCACAAAGUUCAAGAAGCAGCAGCCUGAAGAAGACGAAUUCUCCCUACCAGAUCAAGAUACCCUGAAGAAGUUGAACCAGGCGGCUACCCAGAAGCUAGCAGAGAUCGUCCGCAGAUACGGAGCUCAGGAACCUCUGUGGCAGGGGUACAAUGCAGAUGAGAUUGCUGCUGCGCGGGAGCUGCUUGACAAGUCGUCUUCAGAGGUUGUCCGUGUGCACAAGGUGAAGAUAAGCACACAAGCCUGCCAAGAGGAUGCCUCCCAUCGGAUGAGAGCAUGCACAGCAUGGGCUAUGGCGGUCCUUCCAGGCCCUCGAAGACUUACAAGUGGAGGCAGCAACGCUGAGUUGGGCAUUGCUGGGCAUACAGCACGUGGCGCCAUACAAGGACAUGCUGGUGGGGUCCACCCAGGUCUUAAACGGAAGAUGAUCAAGUUUAUUCACAGGAGAGAUGGGCUGAGUUCGCAGGAUUGGGGUUUCUCAAUGCUUCUGCUGACUUCGUUGGACGUUUAG